CAUCCAUUCUGCCCUACAAACAUUUCAAUCACACUAUAUUAUUAAAACCGUAAGUCAUGAUACAUCUCCCAAUGCUAAGAUUCCUCUAACUCAAGCCAUGUUUGGAAUAACACUAUAACAACAACAAAGUCACAGUUUCACAUAAUCACUCACACACUUCUAACAACAACAAAAAGAUGAUGAAAAAAGCACAAGUGGUGUUUAUCCCUUCUCCUGGUGUUGGCCACAUAGUUUCAACUCUCGAGUUUGCAAAGCUUCUAAUCAACCGUGAUAACCGUCUCCGAAUAACCGUCUUGAUUAUGAAAUUCCCAAAUACUACAGAAACUGAUAUCUACACUAAAUCCCUUCCCAUCUUAGAUUCUCUCAAUAUCAUCAACCUUCCAGAAUGUUCUCUUCCUCCAAACAUGGAUCGACGUUCCGCCAUGAUCGCUCUCCUUGAAGCUCAAAAACCAAACGUCAAGCAAGCUGUCUCUAACCUCACUACUGGAGAAGCACAGCACGGACGCUUGGCUGCCUUUGUUGUUGACAUGUUCUGCACCCGCAUGAUUGAUGUUGCCAAAGAAUUUUCCGUCCCUACGCUCGUCUUCUUCACUUCCGGCGUUGCUUUACUUGGCUUGAUGUUUCAUCUUCAUACUAUCCAUGAACGAGACAGCGUAGAUUCGACUCAGUUGCUGCAACUCACUGAGCUGGCUGUCCCGAGUUUCGCUAACCCGGUUCCAACAGAAUCGUUGCCUAGUGUUGUGCUACAAAAGGAAUGGGAGUCGUUUUUUAUGGCCUACUGCAAAGGCCUCAAGAAUGCUGAUGGCAUUAUAGUAAAUUCAUUUGAAGAGCUAGAAUCCUAUGCGGUUCACUCGUUUGCAUCCCAUCCUGAUCUAGCUAGUUUAACAACUAUAUAUCCGGUGGGGCCCAUACUAAACCUAGAAUCCAAAACCAAAGGAAGCGUUGAUUCCGAUGACACCAUCAAGUGGCUUGAUGAUCAACCUCCUUCUUCUGUAGUUUUUCUCUGCUUUGGAAGUAGGGGUUCUUUCUAUGAGGAUCAGAUUAAAGAGAUUGCUUAUGCUAUUGAGAAAAGUGAAGUCCGUUUUAUAUGGGCUCUCCGUAAACCUCCACCAAAGGGGACGAUGGAUGCACCCUCUGAUUAUUCACCUUUUCAUUUUGAUUCGAUUUUACCAAAAGGAUUUUUAGAUCGGACUGCUAAAAUUGGAAGGGUCGUUGGAUGGGCACCACAAGCUCAAAUACUAGCUCAUCCAGCGACGGGAGGAUUUGUUUCGCAUUGUGGUUGGAAUUCAACACUUGAGAGCAUUUAUUUUGGUGUGCCUAUUGCCACGUGGCCACAUUCCGCAGAACAACCGACAAAUGCUUUUGAGUUGGUGUGUGAGUUGAAGAUAGCAGUGGAGAUUGCAUUGGAUUAUCGAGUGGAAUAUACUGGUGAGCAUAACUAUGUUGUAAAUGCAGAAAAGAUUGAGAGAGGAAUAAGGAGUGUCUUGUCCGAGGAUGAAGAGAUAAGGAAGAAAGUGAACGAGAUGAGUGAAAAGAGUGGGAAUACUUUAUUAGAAGGAGGAUCUUCUUAUAAUUAUUUAGGUCGUUUGAUUGAUUAUAUUGUGAACCAAAUAUGAUAGUACUCACUUACAAGAAGAAAGUCAUAGCGGAUUGAGUUCACAUUAAUGAUGCUUGUUUUCUUGCUUGGAAAUUUAUUUGCUUUGUAUUACAUUAAUUUUAGUUUGUGCUCCAUCUUUUAACACUAGUACAAAAAUACCUUUUUAGCAGAAGUUUUUAAGUCAGUUCACAUGCCACCUGACUUAAGAAGUGAUGCGGUGGCAAUUCCCUAAAUAUUUGUAACUUAGUUAGGUCGGGUGCAUUUAAAACUGACUUAACAAAAAUUAAAUAAAAACAUAUAAUUCACAUUAAAUUUCUUAAGUCGCUUGUGUUUAUUAACUGACUUAAGAAGUCUAUUUAUUAAGUCACGUGGUACCCACCUGACCUAAGAGGUUUUAUAUAUUUCUAAAAAAAAUUAAAUUCUAAUGUGUUUCACGAGGGAUCGAACUCGAUACCCUUCAUAAAAAAGUUUUAUAAUAAAUUUAUAUUUAUCAAAAAUAAAAUAAAAAAUAAAAUAAUCAAUGUAUAAAGAAAUGCACCAUUCAUUAUACAUACAAAAAAAAAAUAAAAAAACACGUUUAAACAAAUUAUUUUCCGAUUUUUACCUUUUUGCAUUUCUCAAACCGUUUCUUCUCCCCAAACUCAUCAAAAUCGUGGCCUCUCAGAGAUUGAAAAAUCCCAAACUCUAACCCUAACAAAAAUUGAAAAAUCCCUCAACCAAAAGAGAGCUCUACUGGGUACGAUUCUUUCCACAAAUUCUAGCCCUAACCAUUUCUUCCAAACCAUAUGAGCUUCAUCUUCUUCCCCUGUGUACGAUUCAUCGUUCUUGUACAAGCUCUCAAUCAAUUAUGAGCUAUUCUUCAACCUACGUCUCAAACCCUAACAAUUGAAGACUUUGGUUGUUCAAAAUUUCUCAAACCUCAAAGGGUUUUCGAACCUUUCAUUAUUAGUAAGUCAUUUUUUCCAUUUUGAAUUUGUUUAACUGCAUAAUAGCUUAGCUUACUCAGCACUGGUAUAAUUAUUAAAGACAUCGGUAACAUACAAGUAGUACGCUAGCGACGAUUCUUCAAUUUCCUUUGUUUCGUUAACUAUGUUUCAUGAAUUUUUUUGACUGUGAAUGUAACUAACUUAGGGAUUUUGCAACCUUGAUAAAUUCUCGCUAAUACAAAAUUGCGAUAAUCAUGUGAUUUAAAGAAUAUUCUGUGUAUAAUUUAAUCAGGUUAAUGUUGCAUGUUGUUAAUAGUAUAAUUGUAUUCCCUAUUCCUGCAUUUUUAUCAGGUUAACAUCCACGUUAAAACUUCUUCAUUAACAUUUUCAAACCGCAUAUACUAUUUCCCAAUGAAUAUCCUUCAUUUUUAUUGUAUAUAAUUGUGAUUAGGCACUGUAAUUCUUUAGAAUUAUUUGUUCAUUGGUGAAUCUUGUUUGUUAGGAUUUUGAUGAUCUUUUUCCAUCUGUUAUGGAUGCCCCGAAUGAGAUUCCAGUGAAUAAGGUUCAAACAUACCGCGAUUUGUGUAUUGUCUUGAUGAAAAGAAUAUUUUUGUCAGCUCUUUAUUUUCGUAUAAAUACAAGAUAUAAGUUUGUAAGUGUUGUCGUUGGCGGUCCAUGGUGGAGAGCCAAAAUCCUGUCAUACCGGCCGCUUUGCGGCACCAUUAUUGCAAAUUAUGGCGGAAAACCCUGCAAUAUCGACAAAUAUUUACCAUUGCGGCGAGCCCAAAAAUCCACCAUGUAUAUCCGCCAUAGUGGCCAUGGCGCCGCUAUUUGAUAAAACUGGUUUGUAAUUUAUCGGAUAGUCUAUCUCUUAGCAUCUAAAUCUGUUAUCUUUGUAUGAAAUUUACAGAGUUCGAUUCCACCAUUCACAUUAGACUUCAGUUGAAUUGGAUCAUAGUAAUUCUGGAAGGAAAGGAUGUAUUAUAACAAUAACUGCAGAACCAAAGAAUUGACAAAAUGCUAUUAGAGUUGCUGUUCAUGAGGUUAAUUUUGUUGGUGCUCAGGUGUUAGAAUUUAUUGUUGAUUUUGGAAAGCCUUCUACACCCCUUCCUAUAGAAAUUGUUGCUUGUGUUCUGAAAAAAGUUCACAUCGAAGGAGCUGGGGUAAUAGAAUUCAAGAUAUCAUCAACUGAAAUAACUGAUGUUAUCAAAGCUGGAUUGGAUAACCCUAUAGAGCCAGAACCCGAGAUAUAUGAGGAUUCAAAUCCAUUUUAAAAAGAUGAAGCAAAAAAAUGUUCAAGAAUGUUGUGCAAAAAUGAUAUUGGAACACACUGAAGCAGAAGCAAGUGCAGACAAUGAUAUGAAUUAGGCGCAAUUUUGUGUUGGAUGUUGGCGGUUGGCUGUUCGGACAAUGAUAUGAUCUUUUCUCACCUGUCUUUAAGGUUUCUUGUUUUGGUUAUAUUUUGAAAAGUGCGCAGUUGUUGUUUCAUCUUAGUCGUUACUCUUGUUUAUGCUUUUUGAUAAGUAUAGUGUUAUCUCUUUAAGUUUACAUUUUAGUGCAACUGAUGUUACCUGUUAGCACACAAUGGCUAUGUACCUAUUUUGAUUACAAUGAUGUUUUAAUUUAAUAUAACAAUAUUUUUACUUC